UGCGUGUAUUCAUGUCCUCAAAAUCUAGUUUAACCUCUUCUCACCUUCCACAUACCACUUUUCAUAGCUUAGUUAUUUUUCUGACCUAAUUUACUAAACCAUAUAAAUUCUCUAUCCACAUGAUACCUUAUUAAAUUCCAAACAUCAAUAACAUUCUGAUUCUUCCAAAAUCUUGGUCUUCUUCUUUAGAAAUUCUAGAUGGAUGGACAAGAUCAUCAUCUUCAUCAUCAUGAAGAAACCCCACCAAUAAUACCAACACCAUUAUUAGGUAGUCCAAUGUUAAUGCCACCCCACAACCCUCAACCAAUCUUACCAUUUCUCUUUCCCUCAUCAAACCAUUAUUCUUCUCACGAUGAUCCAAAUCGAGUCAUAGUACCAGAAACUAUCCAUCAUGAUGAUUUGCCCGGCUUAGGGUUUCUUCCUAGUAGCACAUUAAUGCAUGGAAAUGAUCAAAACAUAUUGCCAUAUUUCGCAAGUAAUAUAAAUUCGGAAUGUGUUGGUAAUAAUAAUAAUAAUCUUCAACGUUAUGUAUCCCUGGCGGAGGCUACAACGGCUGCGGCGGAUAAUGAGAAGAUGAUGAGCUGGGCAGGUGGCGGGUCUACAAGUAGCACUGGCGGUGGCGGCGGCGGUUGUGGUGGGAAGAACAAGAAAAGUAGCAGUACUCCGGUGCCGAAAGUGGUGUUCCAGACGAGGAGCCCGGAUGAUAUUCUUGAUGAUGGAUAUCGUUGGAGAAAAUAUGGCCAAAAAUCUGUCAAGAAUAGCAAGUAUCCCAGGAGCUAUUAUCGGUGCUCACAUCAUACGUGCAACGUGAAGAAACAAAUCCAGAGGCUAUCAAAGGACACAGGCAUUGUGGUGACAACUUACGAGGGAGUUCACAAUCAUCCUUGUGAGAAGCUCAUGGAAACCCUUUCCCCUCUUCUCAACCAAAUUCAGUUCCUCACUACUCGCUUUACUUGAUUAAUUCUGUUCACCUCUUUUUUUCUUGAUCAUCGUCAUGUGUAUACUCAACAAUAUUUAAGGUCAAUUAACUAACGCUAUGUGAAAAGAUAAUUGUAAAAUUCUCGUGUUUGUUAGUAGUAUAACAUGAAUAUCGAGGUUGAAUUUAUAAUUCACAUAAAAUAUGUCUAUUUAGUAAUUUGUUAGGACGUAUAGAAUUUAUUGAAUCUUAUAUAAUUAGAACUAGCUAGAGAGAAUCUUUUAGUUUCCCUGUGAAUGCUAUUCGUGAUUUGUCUAUAUUGAUAUUACAUACACUGG